UUCUCCCGCCCCAUCCGCUGUUCUUUUUAAACCAAGGCGGGACUCGGCUGCCUUCACUUCUGCCACUGUUGUUGGAGUCCAAACAUCGUUUGACAUUGCAGGUCGAUACCAACAUGGUGAGGACUAAAGCCGACAGUGUUCCCGGAACAUACAGAAAAGCUGUUGCAGCUUCUGCACCCCGGAAGUCUCUGGGCUCCAGUGCAGCGAACUCCUCCUCCUCCUCCAGCAGCCAGUGCUCCACACCCGCAAAGGGCAAAUAUGCUGGUGGUAACCCAGUGUGUCCCCGCCCCACGCCGACCUGGCAGAAAGGCAUCGGAGACUUCUUUGGCGGUCCCCCGAGGAAGCCUGAGAAGGAGAACCAGAGGCCCCUGGAGGUAGAGGACGAUGAAGAGGCCGGAGGCAGCGGGAUGUCGAAGGCCAGCAGGAAGUCGAGGCCGCUGCCUGCUGAGGACGAGGAGGACGAGGACUGAACACCGCCAUGAAUGAAUGAAUCUGUUUGACUGUUGGUCCUGUUUGCUGAAUGCUUGAAUGUCACUGUACAUCUGUAAAUACUUCUGAUUAAUUCAAUUCUUUUUUUGUUUUUUUUUACGUACGUCAAUAAACUUUUAUUGUUUUUAA